AGGGGGUUUAACUCAAAAAUACCGCAAAACCCUAAACACAAAAGAAAGUCCCUUUGUCUCUUUCUUCUUCCUCCACUCUCAUCUCAAUUGAUUCCACUCACUGCGACGAGAAAGACAUGGACAUGGAGACGGACCAAAUCUACCAGAUCGAUGUCGGCAAUCUUCUAGCUUUCAAUCCAAACCACCGUUUCUCUUCUGCCCCUUCUUCAAGGGAGGAGCUUGUGAAGGAAUGUGUUACAGAGGGAACAAAGCUUGUUCAGGCAAUAGCUGACACUCUUUUCAACCUUCCUUCUACUGAAACUAAUGAUGGCCCUCUCGUCCAGUUGCCUCCUCCUACAACUAAACUUCCUAGAGAGAAACAUCUUCCAAGGCCUAAGCCUCCUACUAAGUGGGAAGAGUUUGCUCUCAAGAAAGGUAUACAAAAGCGGAAGAAGGACAAGAUUGUGUACGACGAAACAACUGAUAAGUUUAAGCGUCGCCAUGGUUACGACCGUGUUAACGACGAUAAUGAUAUCCCCAUUAUUGAGGCAAAGGCAUCAGAUGAGCCAGGUGAAGAUCCUUUUGCCAAGAGACUGGAUGAUAAAAAGAAGAGAGUCGGAAAGCAAGAAAAGAACCGACUAGAGAAUCUGAAGACAGCUGCUAAAGCUGGUGCUUUACCAAGCCAUGUCCAACUAGCUGUGACCGGAUUGCCCAUAUCAGGCACCAAAACUCAGCCAAAGAAGAUUGGAAAGGAGGCACUUGGAGAUGUAGCUGGUUUAGCUGCUACUUCAACAGCUAGUGGUGGAAAGUUCGAUAAGAAGUUGCCUGGAGAAAAACCUCCUAAGAAGCAGGGCAAGCACCACAAGUAUUUACCAGUUGUACCAAGGUAUGGGUGGGUUGACGAGGAGAAAGAGCAGACUAAUAAAGUACUUGGCAAGUUAUUGUCAAAGCAUUCACAUGAGAUCCUCAAUGUUGGAAAGGCGAUAAACAUGUACAAUGACAAGAAGGAGAAAAAGAAGUCAGGAAGAUCAGACAAGUUGAAAGCUAAGAAAGACAUCACCAAGAAGAAGCCUUAUGCCAACAAAGCCAAUUGAAGAGACUCUCUCCACCUUGUUUUAUUUACUUUGUCGCUUAUCUCAUAACAACAAAAAGUAUUUACAAAUUUUGUGUGUUCUUAUCUGUUAAGGGAAUACUCUUAUAUUUUAUGUUAUAUUUUAAUCUUUUCGAACACAA